AUGCCCCGUAGAGAUUACAUCUUGGAUAUGGUGGACACAUCGAAUUCUAUCGAAGAGAGCCGGUGCCUUACUGCCUCUUCAGAAUCUAAAUGCCAGCCCAAGAUUUCUCGACUUUCUCAAAAGCUAACUGGACUUUUUUCGAAAGACCAACAGAUUAAACAGCAUCAAAACUCUAGAUUGGUCUCUAGGAGGGGGAAAGUGAAUGUUACGGCAGCAAACGUUGAAAACAAGAAAGCACUCUACUUGGCAGAUCCGUUCACCACGCUGCUUGACGCUAAAUGGGGGUGGAUAUUCUUGGCGUUCGCUUCAGGUUUCGUCACAAGUUGGCUGUUCUUCGGGACGUUGUGGUGGAUGAUUGUGAAGCUGCGUACAAGGUUUGACACUGCUAGUUGUGUGGAUAAUGUGGACUCUUGGAUAAGUGCGUUUCUUUUUUCUGUCGAGACACAAACGACAAUCGGUUACGGCGGUCGCCAGGUAACCCCAGAAUGCCCAGAGGGGGUUGUGUGCCUUCUGGUCCAGUCGCUUUCGGGCCUAAUGUUGUCAGCCUCGUUACUAGGACUUAUCUUUGCCAAACUCUCCCGGCCAAGACCACGAGCACAUACUAUACGAUUCUCCAAGCGUGCGGUGGUAAGCAAGAAAGACGGCAAACUUUGCCUUAUUUUCCGUGUUGGGGACAUUCGGAAGAGUCAGCUCUUAGAGGUCACUGUCAAACUUCAUUGCUUUCAUUAUAUAGCCGGUGAUAACGGGAGUCUCUUUUUCAACCAAUCAGAGCUUCCAAUCGCAUUCAGCCCAGAGUGUGAACCUGAAUACGAAGUAAGACCCUUCUUCUUAACACCGCUGACUAUCAUGCACAUGAUCAACGAGCAAAGUCCGCUGUACGAUCUAAGCGCGGCGGAGCUGGCGCAAGCAAACAUCGAGUUCGUUGCCGUCUUAGAGGGCGUUGUCGAGGCCACUGGUAUGGUUACCCAGGGACGCGCCUCUUACCUAUCCAGCGAAGUGCACUGGGGGCAUGAUUUCUACCCUCUGAUGUUAAAAGCCGCAGAUACUCCAGACCGACUUGAGAUAGAUUUCUCUCUCUUCGACCACACCUACGCCUCUAGUACGCCUACAUGUUCAGCUAGAGAACAGAUGAAACGCAAAGUCGAAAAGAAGGAGGAUGAGGAUAACGGAAAAACUUUGGUCUGGAUCCCGAGAAAAGUUUCCAAGGAUGAAAAAACAGAGAGCAGAUGAUUGAUCACAUUUGGUGUAUACGAGAAAGUAUUGGUCUCUUUUGUGUGUGUUUUUUUUUUUUAAUAUUUUAAUUAAAAAUUUUCCAAGCUUAGCAAGCAAAGAACUGGGUCCCAAGAAAAAUCCUAAUUCAAGAACACAGGCUGGAAUUUACCAACUUAUGUUCCGAGAAAAAUCAAGGGUACAAAACGGAUUGUUCCGCAAAAUAUCUGUUCCGCAGUCAUUUUUUGCUGGCUGGGAAGAUGUUAAACCCCUCGGUUGCUGGGAAAAAAAUCGUCCCGAAUGGUUCUGCUGGCAAAUUUUGUGGAGUCGAACUAGUUGUGCUGGGAAUAUUUUUGGGGGGCGCUGGAGCGGAUGCUUGGGGAAAAAAUCGUCCUGCCCGGUUAUACGGGCUAUUAUUUAUGUACUAAAAUGUCUACCCCCUUCUGGCUGGGAAAAAGUCCUAAACAAUGCUGGCUGGGAAGAAAAAGGAACAGAUAAGUUUUUCCCAGCAACUUUUAAAAUUGAUAUUUUAGGGAAGUAGAACAUAUUCAAACGACAAAAUAUGCCAUUUUAACAUGUUUCGAAAGGGGGGCUCGUUGUAUGCCAUUGAAAAUUAAAAGUCAAGCAAAUAGAACUUGUGAUUGGUUAAUUCUCUGUUUCCGAGAUAAGAUUCUAAGGGGACGGAAGACUUAUGAAUGGACUUCUAUGGGGUCCCGAGAAAAGUGAAGUAGAGAAAAGAACAAGAGGACAAAGAGCAGGUGCAUUUUGCGGAUUGUGCAGACCGCUAGCAACAUCUGCCUGAUCUGCCUAUGACCCUUCCUGACAAAAAGAAGAAGGAAAAUAUAAGAAGCUUAGAAGCUGAGAGACGUCGGGUGGGAGUGAAGCAACAGAGGAGCUGUAUCUGAUUACUAACAUUGGGUUAUGCUUGAAAAAAAGCUUCCCACAAAGGCUUUGUAUCAAAAGCUUUUGUACAAUUUAUUCAAAACUUGUUUCCUUAUCUAUUUCCGUUUUAGAAUGUUACUGUACCCUUUAUGGGGGAAGGGGUUGCUAGGAUAGAAUAGUGUAUUUGAUAUUCCCAGGCGCGUUCCCAGGAUUGGUCGAGGGGGAGGGGGGGGCAUUUAUAGACACCAUAUCGAAAAAGAAUACUCACUUUUUGCCCCCCCCCCCCCCCCCCCUGUGUACGCGCCUGAUACUAGUUAUUGUUUUUCGCCUAACCAAUAAGGAACCAGUCGGUCGUCUUGCGAUUAUCAUCGGUAUGGUAAAUACCAUAUGUCCUAUGUUACAUUUUGUAGAUCACACAACAAAGAGAAUCAAAUAUAGCAAUCAGUUGCU